AUGUGUCUUACCUGGGCUAAGGAGAAGAAGAACUGGACUGUUGCUCAAUGGAAACCUAGAGUCUGGAGAAAGGUUGGAGAAGCUCAUAGAUCAAGUUGCUUAAAGUCCAGUGUUAAGUUUCCACAGUCUGUGAUGUCCAGCAAUGCCAUCAUUACGCCUGCAGGAUUUUAUAUUGUUGGUUUGAGUACAAUGCCUUACGUUAAUAUCUAUGUUAUCUUCCUCACUGUGCUUUAUGUGAUCACAGUCAUGUGCAAUGUCUUUCUGAUCACCAUCAUUUUCUAUGACCAUCGUCUGCAUGUCCCAAAGUUCAUGGCUGUUGCUAAUCUGGCUGUGGUUGAUCUUGUUCUAAGCACUUCUCUUGUGCCAAGCAUGAUCAAGACUUACAUUGUUCGAGACAAUUUUGUGCCGUUCAAACUGUGCAUUGUGCAAAUGUACAUUUAUUAUGUUUUUAUAUCCCUUGAACCAUUUUCCUUAUGUAUUCUCGCUUAUGACAGGUUUGUUGCAAUCUGUUUCCCUUUAAGACAAGAAUCUAUUAACACAAACAACAGAAUGGCUUUUAUAAUUGGUGUCAUUUGGCUGUUUUUUAUUACUAUAGUUCUCUAUGGCUCUACAUCCAUCCCAACCCUGUCCUUUUGUGGCUCUCUUGAGGUCCACAGCUAUUUUUGCGAUUAUGCUCCUGUUUUAAUACUCGCUUGUAAUGAUAUGACAUCACAGUGGAAUUUUGGCACUACUAUGGCUAUGAUGUUGUUUACUGGACCUUUGAUUUUUAUUUUCUUUACCUACGUGGGUAUAUUGAUUGCUGUUUUCCGAAUGAAAAAUACUAAGAGCCGUUUUAAGGCGCUAAGCACGUGUGUAGAGCACCUCAUAUUGGUGGCCAUAUUCUUCAUUCCUAUUGUAACCAUCUUCUCUCUUAUAUUAUUUGAAGCUUUAUUGAGCCUAAAUAUGGGUCUAGUGAGCUUGUCGUUGUCGUCCCUCAUCACACCCUUUGUGAAUCCCAUCCUCUACUCACUGAAGACUAAAGAGAUUCGAAACAGGAUUCAUUCAAUAUUAACCCAGAGACUGUCUGUUCAUCCUCUAAAAACUUCACAUUAA